AUCUAGUGGCUUCUGAUCCAUACACUGUAGAGGGCGAUGUUACAAGUUUAGAGCAACAUAAAUAACAGACUAUAAUUUUGUUUUUGUUCAAAAAGUGUUUAUUUUCAAUAUGAGCUUGUAAAUCACAGCUGAAGUCCAUAUUCGGCUGUUUACGUCUACUGCCGCUGAGGCCUGAGUGUUUUGGCGCACGCAGUAAUGUAAAUAAGGAGUCAUUUUUAAUCUCAGACGGCAGUGCUUUAAGUUCGCACCUAAAAAGAAGUGAGUGUUGGAACGCAGGAAAGCGUUUAACGAUGCCCGAGCUCGGCGGAAAGUAUUCGGAGGCCGGCAGCCCGAGAAAGCGCCGCCGGAGCCGCUCGAGCAGCGGAAGUUCGCGGAGUCGCUCGCGGGAGCGCGUCUCCAGUCCUGCGGCCGAUAACCACAGACACGACGGGACAGAAGAGCGGAAGUCCAAAUGGUCCGACAGCAGAGACAGGAGUCGGAACCGCUUCCGUGUUGGCGGCUCGCGCAGUCGGUCCAGAUCGAGAGAACGCGAGAAGUUGGCCUGGGCUGAGGAGCGGGACCGAGGACACUAUGCGGGAUCAAGAUCCGAUUACUACGACAAGAGAGACGACAUCCAAAGGCAAAGACAAGAGGCUUUCAUUGCUCGGCGCUUGCAAGAACGUGAGAGAAUCGGUGAACUGGGAUGUCCUGAGGUCUGGGGCUAUUCACCAAGAGUCCGAGACCCCGACUCAGAUGAACACACUCCAGUUGAAAAAGAUGUGAAGAGCAGCAGCUCUGAGACAAGUUCAGAAGAGGAAAAGAAGAAAAAGAAAAAGAAACGAAAAUCGAAGAAAAAGAAAACUCGCAAGCACUCCGAAGACACGGAAUCAGAAAGUGACUCAGAAGAAGAGGUAAAGAAGAAGAAGAAGAAAAAGAAGAAAAGUAAAAAGAAGAAAUCAAAGAAGAAGAAGGCUAAAAAGAACCGCAAAGAGUCGAGCAGUUCUAGCAGUGAUCAGUCCGCAGAGGAAGAUGAUGACCUCGGAGAAUUGUGGGUGGAGAAAACUCGUUUUGAGGAUCAUGUGGUUGGACCUGAAGCUCCUCUAACUCACCUGGCCCAAGAUGAUAAACCACUGGAUUUUGGUCAUGCUCUGUUACCCGGUGAAGGUGCUGCCAUGGCGGAAUAUGUAAAGGCAGGCAAGCGUAUUCCAAGGAGAGGUGAAAUUGGCCUUACCAGUGAAGAGAUUGCUGACUUUGAGAAAUCAGGCUAUGUAAUGAGUGGAAGCAGACAUCGGCGCAUGGAGGCUGUCCGUCUGAGAAAGGAAAACCAGAUCUACAGUGCUGAUGAAAAGAGAGCCCUUGCUUCCUUUAACCAGGAAGAAAGAAGAAAGAGAGAAAGCAAAAUCCUUUCUAGUUUCAGGGAAAUGGUAUACAGAAAGACUAAAGGAAAAGAAGAAAAGUAGAUUGAAAGGUUUUCUUCACCUUUUGCCCCCAACCUCUCGAGAUCAGUGCCUUCGUGCCACCUGCAGAAUUCUGGGACGAAGAACCGCGAAAGCAGACAGGGACCCAGAGAUUGGUUUCACCGUCGUUUAUUCAGUUAUUCACCAAAGAUGAAAAUACACAAAAACUUUUAUACUUCUUGUUUAUCUGUGUCUGCCCUGGACUAUGUGUGUGUGCAGAAAUGUGGGUGUGUGUUUGAUGUCAGUGUAUAAAAAUGUGUAUGUGUAGGUGUGUGUAUGCUAUGUAUGUGCGUAACGAGGGGUGUGUAUAUGGGGGGGGUGAGUGAGUGCCAUCAUUGCAUGCUUCAGAGACUGUAGUCAGACCUUGAGUAGGUCACGUCACGUCUUAAUUACAUCACUGUUCUGAUGGAAUGUUUAGAUGUAGUGAAACCUUGGCGAUGUUCAGACACAUUUCUGAUCAAUAUGACAUUUUGAUAUGUGUGUGUCAGUCUUGAAUCAAUCAUAAACAGAUAUAAAAUAAACAAUAUUUCUGAUGAUACGA